UAUAAUUGUAUGAUUUUUUUCUGAUUAUUUUUGAAAUUGUAAAGAUCCAAAUAAACACUUGUACGCGCACACACACAUUAAUUAAUACAUAUAUAAUAAAAUUAAUGUGUUGAAUUUGACAAAAUAUAUCUAUUAAUUAAUUAACGAUUCCUGCAUUGCGAAAAAAGUGAUGAUACAAAAUAAUUCAUUCGAAUUGUCCUUUAAAUAUGGUGAACUAUUUGUAGAGGUAAAAAAGAAAGCAGAGGAGAGCGGAAGCACGAGCACGGCCACAGAGAACGUUGUAGAAAAGGGGGAAGUUGAAGCGACGAAAGAAGGUGAAAAGGAAAAGGAUGAAGACAAUAAGAAUAGUGAUAAGAACGAAAAAGAAGCAGAGACCGCUGACAAGGAAAAGGAUGCCUCGAAUGAACAGGAAGUUGUCUUUAUCCAAGACAUGGGCUUUACCGUCAAAAUUAUUAGUCCAGGUUCUGAACCCUUUGAUAUUCAGGUGUCCAGUAUGGAGCUCGUGCAGGAGAUCCAUCAGUUACUCAUGGACCGCGAAGACACGUGUCACCGCACGUGCUUUUCACUGCAACUGGAUGGCAACACAUUGGAUAACUUCGCCGAACUGAAGAAUAUUGAGGGCCUGAAGGAUGGCUCGAUCAUCAAAGUUGUUGAGGAGCCGUACACAAUGCGGGAGGCGCGUAUACACGUGCGACACGUACGUGACCUAUUAAAAUCUGUGGAUCCUGCAGAUGCUUACAACGGUGUUGAAUGCAGCAGCCUAUCGUUUCUCAAUGUAGUCACGAACGGCGACAUUUUAGAGAAGAAGAAGACUCGUGCGGAUUCGGUUGAUUGCACGCCGCCUGAUUACAUUAUACCCGGUUGUAAAGACAGGCCUCUGUUACCUCUCCAGCCGCAGGCGAAAGAGCAAAAGUGCCCACCGUGUCUGAAGGUUCUAACAACGUCAGGAUGGAAUCCACCGCCUGGUCACAGAAAGCUUCACGGCGAUCUGAUAUAUCUGCACGUAGUUACAUUGGAAGACAAGCAAUAUUACCUAACCGCAUGCGCUAGAGGUUUCUUCGUCAACCAAUCGACCAAAGAAGUAUUUAACCCUAAACCAGCUACGCCAAGUCAUUUAUGCCAUAGUUUGAUUGAAUUGCUAAAUCAACUUAGUCCAGCUUUUAAACGAGGAUUUGCUUCUAUGCAACGUCGUAGAACUCAGAGGCAUCCUUUUGAACGAGUAGCUACGCCUUAUCAGCUGUACGCCUGGAGCGCUCCACAAAUCGAACAUACUAUUGACGCCAUUCGCGCGGAAGACACGUUUUCUUCCAAGUUGGGAUACGAGGAACAUAUUCCGGGACAAACACGCGAUUGGAACGAAGAGCUGCAAACGACAAGAGAAUUACCCCGUAAAAAUCUUCCUGAAAGAUUACUACGAGAGCGUGCUAUUUUCAAAGUCCACAGCGAUUUCGUGGCGGCUGCGACUCGUGGAGCAGUAGCGGUUAUUGAUGGCAACGUGAUGGCGAUUAACCCUGGCGAAGAGGCCAAAAUGCAGAUGUUUAUCUGGAACAAUAUCUUUUUCUCGCUCGGUUUCGAUGUGCGUGAUCAUUACAAGGAAUUGGGCGGCGAUGCCGCGGCUUUUGUCGCGCCUCGUAACGAUCUACAAGGUGUCCGAGUAUACGCGGCCGUAGAUUUGCCUGGUCUCUAUACUCUCGGUACUGUUGUCAUCGAUUACAGAGGUUACCGUGUCACUGCGCAAUCUAUUAUACCAGGUAUACUAGAACGCGAACAAGAACAAUCAGUAGUCUAUGGAUCGAUCGAUUUUGGAAAGACGGUUCUUACGCAUCCUAAGUAUCUUGAACUAUUAAACAAAGCUGGACAGCAGUUGAAGAUCCUUCCCCAUAAAGUAAUUAAUGACGCAGGCGAGGAAAUCGAACUUUGUAGCAGUGUGGAAUGCAAGGGCAUCGUUGGUAAUGAUUCGCGGCAUUACGUACUGGAUCUGUUGAGAACUUUCCCACCUGAUGUAAAUUUUCUGAAACUUGAAGGUGUAGAACUGAGCAAAGAAGCGCGAGCUUUGGGCUUUCCAGUGGAACACAAGCAUAGACUAGCUUGUCUGCGACAGGAACUCAUAGAUUCGUUUGUCGAAGCUAGAUAUGUUCAGUUUAUCAAGCAUGCGGCUGUUCAUCUACAACAGCUUACAUCAGCUAGAAGAUCUCAAAAAGAAAAGGAGACAACCAAGGAAGAUAAGAAGGAGGAUAAAAAGGAAGAUUCUACUGUCGUGACAGUGGACAGCAACAAAGAAGAUUGUACUCAGUCGUUGAUAGAAGCCGAUGAGGCUAAGAAGAUUGUCGAAAGCAUCACUGACUCAAUUACAGGCGGCGAAAAGCAAGAACUGGAAGAGAGCACGAAGGAGAUAGUACGAAGAGCGGCGGCAGCGGUGGGUAGUCUGCGAGACGCUGAAUUCGACGUAAGGUUCAAUCCGGAUGUGUUCUCGCCUGGCGUUAAACACCCGGAUCCUAAUGGCCCUGAUCUGAAAAAGCAGAAGCAAUUGGUGAAGGACGCUGCGGAUUUCUUGCUCACAGUGCAGCUGCCGACAUUCAUUCGAGAGUGCCUGGAUCACACAGCAGCUGCAAUGGAUGGUAGCACAUUAGUGGAAGCUCUCCAUGGUAGAGGUAUCAAUGUUCGCUAUCUUGGUAAAUUAGCAGCCAUGCUAGCCGCGGUACCACAGUUGCACUAUCUUAAUCGUAUCGCUGUAUCUGAACUAAUCCUCCGAUCAGCCAAACAUGUUUUCACUUCUUAUAUGCAGGGUACGGAAUUGAUGAGUCUGUCCGCAGCCGUAAGCCACUUUCUAAAUUGUUUGCUGUCCUCAGCACAGAUUAUACAUCCACAACAAAAUCUUGAAGAGCUUCAAAGCAAAACUGCCAAACGCCGCAAUAAACGUAAGGGAAGGAACAAUGGGCCGCAACAGUCGGAGGUAGAGUGGGCGUCGUUAAUGCCUAAGUCAUUGUGGCAGCAAAUUAAGAGUGACUUGAAAGCCUAUUACGAUUGGGAAACACCAAGUCCAGAAUCUCUGGAAGCCACGAUAGAACACUUCCAUUUGCAAAAAAUUUCACUAUUACGUGGCUUCUGCGUCAAGACUGGUAUUCAGAUAUUACUACGCGAAUACAACUUCGAAAAUAAAAACCGGGCAACAUUCUUCGAAGAAGACAUAUUAAACAUCUUCCCCGUCGUCAAACAUAUCAAUCCUAGAGCUAGUGAUGCAUACAAUUUUUACACUACCGGUCAAAGCAAGAUCCAACAAGGAUAUUUAAAGGAUGGAUAUGAACUGAUCAGCGAAGCACUGAAUCUUUUGAAUAACGUCUAUGGUGCUAUGCAUCCCGAGAUUGCGCAGUGUCUCAGAAUGCUGGCGAGACUGAAUUAUAUAAUGGGUGAUCAUGCAGAGGCACUUGCUACUCAGCAGAAGGCAGUCCUUAUGUCAGAGAGAGUCAAUGGCAUCGAUCAUCCGUAUACUAUUACGGAAUAUAUACAUCUCGCCUUAUAUUCCUUUGCCAAUGGGCAAAUAUCUGUGUCAUUAAGAUUAUUGUAUAGAGCACGUUAUCUAGCCUUAUUAGUCUGCGGUGAGGAUCAUCCGGAAGUAGCUUUGCUUGAUAGUAAUAUAUCGCUGAUUUUGCACGCGGUCGGCGAGUAUGAGUUGUCGCUGCGUUUCUUAGAACACGCGUUAGCCUUGAAUCUACGUUAUCAUGGUCCUCAUUCAUUAAAAGUCGCGGUGUCGUAUCAUUUAGUAGCACGCACGCAAUCUUGUAUGGGUGAUUUCCGAGCAGCCCUGAACAAUGAGAAGGAGACUUAUGCGAUUUAUAAGCAGCAACUAGGCGAGGAACACGAAAAAACAAAAGAGAGUAGUGAUUGUUUACGUCAUCUAACCCAGCAGGCGGUCGUACUGCAAAAAAAGAUGAAUGAGAUAUAUACCGGCAAGUCAGGCGUAAGUCUGCCGCCAAUUCAGGUACAGCCGCCUAGCAUGGGCUCGGUGCUGGAUAUGCUUAAUGUAAUCAACGGCAUCCUUUUCGUACAAAUUAGCCAGCAGGAUAUCGAUAAUUUUAAGGCGGAAAUUGAGAAACGGCAAAAGGAACAAUCGCCGGAUAACGGCGAAGCAGUUAAAGCGAUUGCCGAAAAAGAUGCUAAGAAAGAUGAUAAGGAGAUCAAAAAGGCGUCGACAAUGGAGAAGAAAGUCGAAAAGGUCGAACAGAAGACAACAAAACACUUGGAAGCUAACAAAGAUAGCGUUGUAGAAUCAAUCGAAGCGGCAAAGAGCUGAGUCUUUCGUGUGCCGACAAUGAACAAUAGUAGUCUUUCCUUUCUUUUUUCUAAGCCCUAGUCCUCCGUCAUGGAAGAUGACGAUUUUAUGCGAGGAUCGCUAUUAGUACAAGAUAUAUAUAUAUAUAUAUAUAUAUAUAUAUAUAUAUAUUUGGUACUUGCAUCAUUUUUGUUAUGUACUGUUUAAAUGCAGACAGAAUAAGACUUUCGAAAGAAGUCGAGAUACAAGAUCACUGUCGUCGAUAUGUUUGUGAAAAUAAAAAGGAGAAGUACAUUUGCUAAGAUUGAAUUUGCAUGCAAGACGCACAUUUAUCUGUUAUAUCGGAUGUAUAUAAAAGACAAAAGGUGCCAUAUUGCUUAAAGAGAGCAAUCUCCAAUGCGAGCACAAUACAAAAGAGAUUGUUCUCUUUUUGCUAUCAUAAAAUCAAAGAGCAAUACGAUUUUUUAUUUACGCGCGAGCGACUAUGCAUUUUUUAAAAGCUAAAGUUGCUCAUUAUGCAAAACGCCGAUAAUACAUAUAUUAUUGUCGACGGAACCAACGUUAAUUCAUCGAAUUAAGUAAUGUUCAAGUUCGAUCAAAUUCGCGUUAGAUUUUGAAAACUGAUUUCCUUCUUCUGUAUUCUGUAUAUUGAAUUCACGUCUUUCAUCUCUGCACUUUUUUUUGAAGGUUUAGUGCUCAUUAAAGACUGUUAUACACAAGUUGAAUUGGACAUAUAUAGUACAUAUGAAUGAAUGAAUCCGCAGGAUGAGUAAUUUAGUACAUUAUUAAAUAGAAUAUAUUGUUGGACGUUUUAUCACUCAAUGCUUGUAUUAUGUUUGUUACACAACGUUGAUAUGUAUACACAGGCUUUAAUUUGUAUUAAUGCAUGUUAACACAUCUAACCAUUAUCUACGAAUUCACUUUCAAUGACAGAUUUUGCUAUAUUGCUUGCACUUCCUGCAUUCGGAUUUCUCGUUCUUUUGUUCUCUUUAACGUCCAUGUAUGUAUACCUCGCUUCGGGUACGAAAAAUGCUAAGAAGUGCAAGCAAUGUGAACAAAUCCAAUGUUUUAUGUUUCCUUUUUUCCUUUUUCGUAAGAUCAUCAUUUUGUGCCAUUUAGUUUAUCGUUAUUUCAUUUUAAUCAUCUUUUUUCUCUCUCAUAAGAAAGAAAAAGUGUCCAGAUACAGUAAUCUAUAUGAAUCUAUAAUCCAUCCUUUUUCAUCUUUUAUUAUAGCAAUUCAUAUGAAGGUGCUUCCUCUUAUUUUUUACGGAGAUUCUUGAAUUCAUAGAUUUUUAUUCCUAAUUGAUGUACUUGAUUAAUAUAAAGAUAUGUAUUGUUAAUUUGGUACCGAGAAUAGGUGAUAAGAAUAUGUAGUAGAACAUCGUUACCCGAUCAUGUUUGUAAUUAAGGUCGCAAUGAAUUGUUAGCAGAAUCAUUGCGACUGCCGAUUUCAAGUUACGCGAUUAUAGUCUUAAGAUCGUAAAGAAUUGAUUGUUACCCUGCUGUAAUAUUAAUUUUUGUUCGUUUCAUUCGCUCCAUGAAUUUGCCCGCGGUUCGAAUCAAGACCUCGUCGUAGUUCGAAGGGCGACAUACUGCGAUAGUCCGCUAGUAGUCGUGAUUUUUGAUUUUGAUUAUUGAAGAAAAUAGCGCUGAUCAUCUCGUUGUAGCCCAUAUGCUAACUAAACUUUAUGCGAGAUUUUGGCCUGAAAAAAGCACCUUUUCUGAUAGCAAAAGAGCAAUCAAUUGGUCAUCGAGCUCUACCGCUGUAUCUCUUUACGAACUCGUUUUUGCAUUGCAAUAAUAAUUAUAACGACAAAUUACUAUAUUGCACUUAGCUAAAUUGUACUAUAAAAAAAAUAAUAGUAAUUAUAAAGUCUAUUAUAUAAAUAAAUAAAAUUAAAAAUUUGAUUUACAUAUAUCAUGGAAUAAAAAAUCGUUACAAACUUGGUUUACGUAUACCAUCCUGUUAUAUAAUUUCUUUAAUACAUUGCAUGGAAAAUAAAUCGUUUUAUAUAUAACAUGGCAAUCUAAAACACUAUUCAGAAUUCUUUGUACCCUGUUUAUUAUUCAGUAAAUUUUAUUUAAAUGU